AGCUCAGAAGAAUCGAAACUUUAGUUAGAAGUUUGAACUGCCAUUUCUGUGAUUUUAGAUCGAAUUAUAACUCCGGAGAUCGAAGAAGGAAGGAAGCUUAAUGGAGGAAACUCCGCAGUCGCCAAGAAAGAAAGAAAUUGAACCGGAACCAGCAUCAGAACCAGAACCAAAACCAGAACCAGCCAAAGGAGGUUGGGGAGGUUGGGGAAUUUCUCCGUUCUCUGUUUUGUCAGAUCUUCAGAAAGCUGCUGCAGUUGCAGCCGAGGAGAUUUCACGAAAUGCUGCAGCAGUUGCUAAGAAUGCUGCAAAGGGCAUUUCAGAUAUUCAAAAUAUAAAACCUGACAUGGAAUCUUCGAAGGAGGGGGAGUCAGAGGAAUCAGAAAGUGAAGGCAACAAUGAAGAUGACAAUGACAUACUGCGGAAGUCGGCCCUGCAUAAAUUGGAGAACGCCAGUGAGGAUUCUUUUCUGGGUCAGGGUCUUAAAGUUUUAGACAAAUCUGUGGAAAAUCUUGCUUCCGGAGCAUGGCAAGCAUUAGGCAGUGCUUGGAAAGGGGGUUCUGACUUGGUCCAGAAGCUUGAGCAUUCUGCUGUUACAACGGCUCCAUCUCUAAUAGAGACUGGAAAAGCUUUUACAUCAAGGGGAGUAGAAGUGCUUGAACGCGUGGGUAAGGAAACCAUGGAUCUACUCAUUACAGAGACUGGUAUUGAAGUUGAAAAGAAUCCCAACGAAGCUGAACAAUCAGCUGAUGAUGAACAACUUUUUGAGGAGGUGACAUUUGACCGAUGCUUCUAUAUUUAUGGAGGUCCAGAACAGUUGGAGGAACUGGAGGCCUUGUCCAACCAUUCUGCAUUAUUGUUCAACCGGAGAAAAGCAAAAUUAUCAUCAGAACAAAAGUCUGUCUAUGAUGGAAAGCUUAGAGAAGUUCAGCAAAUUUUAAGUUUAAGCACUGAAAUUGAUGGAAGUGGUGUGGACUCCGACAAAGGAAAAAAAAUUGAGACAAUUGAAGAGGGAACUGCUGAUGAGAUGAGAAGUUUACGUGAUUCAAGUGUCAGCAAGGCUGCUGACAUGGCUGCAGGGUUUGCAAGUUCCUUAGUGGGCCUCGCUGCAAAUGAGAUUAUUCAACGGACUACUGGCAGACUUGAAACCAUUCAUUCAGAGGGGAUCCAUAGACUCUCAGAGCUGUGCUGCUUCGCUGUGUCUCAACUUCUAAUGCUUGGAAAAUCUGUCAUCUCCAAUUCAAGCAAAGCACAGAGUGAAGAUGAGGAUCCAGAAACUGUGAAAAUUGACUGGCCUGAUGAUUCCCUUGCGAAGGCAAAGAUCAUCAGACUCCGUGCACAGUCAAUGACUGGAGAUAUAGAAGCAGUUUUUGACAGUUUUACUACAGGUGUCUCAGAUGUUAUUGAAGCGUAUUUGGCAGCCAUAAAGGGGGCCAGUGGAGAUGCCCAUGAGGCUACUCAACAGACUACUAUCCAGGAAAAAGCCAAUGCCAUCUCCAAUCAUCUGCGUGCUGACCAGACCAUGGCCUUCGACAAAAUCCAGGAUGGUCUUCGGUACUUGGCAUUUGUAGUUCUUUCAACCUCAAUGCCCACUGCAUGAAACUUGGUGAUCUUCCUCCAUGGUUUGAUUUAUAGAGGUUUGGUCGGUAAUCUUUGUAAAUAGUGUCCCUUUCUCCAUCAUGUUGAGCCUUGGGCUCCAAGUGGAUUGUCCUC